GUCGUAUAUAAAGUGUAGUCUGGUUGCCGCUCGAGCUCAUUCAUCAAUCAGUCCAGAAGUAUUUUCGAAACAGAACGGACGUUCGUUGACGAUUCCGGUAUCUACUUAUAAUAUCCAUUGGGAAGGAUUUGUUGUGCGGAGAGUGUUAUCUGUUCCCAUUAUCGUCACGAAUCAUCGAGACGGAAAGUUCAAUCAUUAGCUGGUUGACGCAAAAUUUUGGCGAUCUUAUUUACGGUGUGUAGUGUUCAAAAACCUCAGUGAAAGAGACAAGUUUGCAGACUUUAGUGCAAGGAAUUGCUUCCAAAAAAAAAGAGGCUCAAGUGUGUAAAAGUGCAUACGAGUGAUCAUCGCGCGCGCUAUUAAUUCGCAGCUAUUUUUUAUUUAUAUUGUUACGCGAACAGAUUGGAAAGUUUUUCUUUUGAUAAAUAGCUAAUUGAGUUAUUGGUUGCGAAAAGGCAGCUGAAAGUGCACUUGGAGUUUCGUGUUCGCGCAAAGCAAAACUAUCGAGCAAAAUGUCCACCGUUUGGGGAUAUACUGAGCAGAACGGACCCCACGUUUGGUCCCAGAUGUAUCCACAGGCCGCCGGUCAGCGUCAAUCGCCGGUAGAUAUUGUCACAAAACGAACCAAACAGUCCAGUGACCUCAAGGAAAACCCUCUGCGCUGGACGUACGUUCCGGAGAACACACGCAGCCUGGUGAAUCCCGGCUACUGUUGGCGAGUGGACGUUAACGGCAAAGGAUCGAACCUAACCGGCGGACCACUGCAGGAUGAGGAAUUCAUUCUCGAACAGUUUCACUGCCACUGGGGAUGCUCGGACUCGCGUGGUUCCGAGCACACCGUCGAUGGGGAAUCGUCGGCAGGCGAGCUGCAUCUGGUGCACUGGAAUAAGACAAAGUACGCGAGCUUUGGCGAGGCCGCUGGACAGCCCGAUGGACUCGCCGUAUUGGGAGUGUUUUUGAAGGUUGGAAAGCCCCACCCAGAACUAGACACUAUCGCAAAGCUGUUGCCGUUCAUCACACACAAGGGUGACAGAGUUACUCUGACGCAACCGCUGGAUCCGGCCAACCUGCUGCCGGAAAGCAAAGCCUACUGGACCUAUCUCGGGUCGCUGACCACCCCGCCGUGUUCGGAGUCGGUCACAUGGAUUUUGUUCAAGGAACCCAUCGAGGUAUCCCACGAGCAGCUGGAGCUGUUCCGUGAGAUGCGUUGCUACGAUGCGCGCGAGGAGUGUCCGUGCGACGAUUCGCUCCACAAAACGUUCGAGUACGGCAAGGUGAUCAACAACUAUCGCCCACCACUGGAGCUGGGCAACCGUGAGCUCCGUGAGUAUGGAGGCCACUAGGACUACUGCUGGCGGAAGCGGUGCACCCGUGACACGAAUUGAUAUAGCGUUGAGUUCACAACGGAGAAGCAAUAGCAUUUCAUGUGUGUGUCUGCACGUCGAGUGUCUAACACGAUUCAAUGUAGCGAAAGCUGUGUCAUCAUAUUCUAGAAAAGAUAUAUACGUUGGGAAUGCAUUGAACUUAGUGUUUGUGAGGCCAAUUUACAAUUAUUAAGUGUAUUCUUUAUUUACCUACUAUGUAAACAAAAAUCUACCCAAAGAUAUUUGUUAUUUGAGUCCUUGAACGAAAGGAAGAAUCUAAUACACAAUGCAUAUCGCAUACUAGUUCGCCUUUCUUUCCCAGGCAUAAAUAGAUAGACGCAUGUUUUAAAACAGUGGAAUAUGGAGUUUCAUCGAAAGAAGAUGGUAUAGUGCAAUUUCAUGCGAUAAAAGCCGUUGUUGACCGAGAUAUUCGUUUGAUUUUGUUGAUUUUAUUCACAACCAUUUAAUCGUCGUUGCAGUAGUGCACACAAUAUUAUAUUAAUAUUUUAAGUGCGAUUGAUAAUUUAGUUAUCAUAAAUCAAGAGGGCCAUCUAGUGUAGACUGUUGUUAAAAUUGUGUAUAAGUAAAUGAUAUUUGUUCACUUCUCGGGGCAUCUUCUAAUUCAAUUUGAUCAGGUAUAAUUCCUAUAGUAUAAAGCCGAACUCUGUGAAGUAAUAAAUAAGUCAAUUCAAGUGAACCAGUAAGUGCCUAGAACACCACAACAGAUGUAACCGCCGUCGAACAGUUAACAGAAGGGAACAAACAACCGUGGGCAGUAUUUGUUAAGCGAAUGCAAAAUAUAGAUUAUUUUUGAAAAACCCCACUGACCCGAUCAUACCUAAAACAGUGCUGCUUGUGUCAGUGUGUUGAAUAAAUGUUGUUAUAUUUACACAAGUCCACUUUUACCCAUUUGGAUUGAUUAAAUAGAAGUGUUACACCGUAUUGUGCAAAGAAUAUAAACCUCUAGCUCUGAA